CCCUUCCAUUUACAAUCCAAAUUCUAAAAAUUCAAAAAUGGUGGUGAUCAUGAUGAAGUGGUCGCCGUGGCCACCAGCUCCGGCGGCGAAGAAGAUACAGGUGAGGGUGAAUGAAAUGAAGCUGGAAGGAUUUUCCCAUGACGACGGCGGUGAUGAGAGAGAGAAAGCAAUGGUGAUUGAGAUGAGAUGGAAAGGAGGUCCCAAGACUGGUUUGGUCUCGUUCCAUCGACGUUCGUCAUCGAAGCGUCGCAAACACAUCUCUAACGAGGCGGUCGUCAAGAAAGGUGAAUCCGUCAAAUGGAACGAUGAGUUCGAGAAUAUUUGCAGCUUUCCGAUUAUAUUCAAGGACAACUCAUUUGGUGUCUACGAUGCAUCGUUUACUAUUUUAUAUGGAGGAGGCAAGACGGAGGAGAGUAAGGCUAAAUUGGCUGUGAUUGGGAAGGUGUCCCUAAAUUUAGCAGAAUUGGCUUCGAAGAUGGACUCCAUGAUUGAAACUAAGCAUCCCAUCCAAAUUAAUGUCGCCGGAGUUGCCCGAGAAGCCACCCUUUCGGUGUGCUUGAGCAUUGUGGAGGUUAGAAAUUCGCAAGACUCGUUGGCAACCGUGUCAACGAGCCAGGCAGAAAUAAGUUCAGAUGACUCGGAUGAGUCAGCAGUGUUCGAGUCAAAUAGUACGUCGGAGAACGAGUUGAUUUCGGUGACUCGCCGUGUUGAAGUGAGUUCAACGACCGAGUCUGAAUUGGGUAUGCGUUCAAACAGUCAAUUGGACACGGUCAAGAAAGCUGGGUUAUUUUCAUGGAAGAGGAAGAGGUUGAGCUUCACACCUGGGAAGACGAAAGGAGAGCCGUUGAUUAAGAAGACUGGUCGAGAUGAUGGUGGUGAUGAGAAUACAAUUGGUGGUGAUCGACAACAUAGCGUCUCUUCCUCAUUUGACUCCAAUUCUAGACCAAAAUUAGAUGUCAAUGAACCAGCUUGUGAGCAAACGGAAACUAGCACCAUUGGUCAUUGGGAAGAAAAGGAGCUAGUCAGCAGAGAUGGCCAAGCAAAGCUCAAAGCCAAUGUCUUCUUCGCUUCCUUCGACCAAUGCAGUGACAAAGCUAUCGGAGAAAGCGCAUGUACAACACUGGUUGCAGUCAUUGCCAAUUGGCUUCAAUCCAACCAAGACAACACGCCAACUAGGGCCCAAUUCGACAGGCUCAUACUCGAAGGCUCCUCUGAAUGGAGAAAGCUCUGUGACAAUCAAAACUUGAUAAACCAAUUCCCUAACAAGCAUUUUGACAUCGAGACUGUCCUGCAAGCCGGACUCUGCCCAAUAUCGGUCUUGCAUAACAAGUCCUUCAUUGGAUUCUUUGGCCCGGAAAAGUUCGAGGCAUUGAAAGAAUUUAUGUCUUUUGAUCAGAUAUGGGAUGAGAUCAAGAAGAACGCCGAGGGUGACAAUGGCAUGCCUAGGAUUUACAUAGUAAGUUGGAAUGAUCAUUUCUUUGUGUUGAAGGUCGACAUCAACGCUUACUACAUCAUCGACACAUUGGGUGAGCGGCUCUUUGAGGGUUGCAACCAAGCAUACAUUUUGAGGUUUGAUGACUCGGCUUUGAUGCGCGGGAAGGUAGAAAAACAAGGGGUCAGUUCCAAUCAGGCAAGUGAGGAGGAAAUUUGCAGUGGCAAAGAGUGUUGCAGAGAGUUCAUGAAGAGAUUUCUAGCUGCUAUACCACUUAGGGAACUUGAAUCAGAAGAGAAGAAGGAACCGGUUUCUUACUUCGCUCUCCACCAACGACUACAGAUAGAAUUCAACUUCACCGCUUCAUUAUCAUUAUCAUCGUCUUCAUCGGCUUCAUCUACCAAUUCAACUUCUUCUCUCUUCUCAAAUGAGAGUACAGAUAGAUAAUUAACAUAGAUUAUUCAUGUAUUCUACGUUAAACUUUUAGGGGUCAUUGAAGGAAGUUAGAUUUUGCAUUGCGUCUUUUUAAAGCAAAUGCAAACUAAUGCAGAGAGUCACCUUCUAGGAACUCACUGUAAGAUAAUAUCUGUUCCAAGAUUGAAAACUAAACCGAAAAACUACUUGCAUUGUAUUCUUGUCAAGGGAAGAAAUCAUGGUCGGAUAGAUUUACAAGAUUUUCAUUCAUCUUGAAUUAUAAAUUUUUCUUUUAACAA